GUCGAAGGAUGAUGUGCUGCUAGAAGAGAUCCGCUACUUGCGUCAGCUGCUGUGCGACAGCAACGAGGAGAAGCGGAUCCAGGUGGCCAUUGUCCGUGACGAAGUUUCCGAGAAGCAGCGCACCAUUGAUGAACUCAGACAGCAAGCAGCUGUUGCCGAGGCGACGCUCUCGGCGGUGAGGCAGCAGCUGAGUGGAGGC